AUGCAUUCCUUUCUAAGUCGAUUAAAUACUUUAUUUGCUUUUACAAUAAGUGUUCUUGCUGUACUAACAAUUGGUGUAUUUAUAUCGACGUAUUUUGAAAAAUAUCAUGAAACUGUAUCAAUUGGAGUCAAUAAACCAAUUGUAAAACAUAUGACUGAUUAUUCGGCAAAUCGAAAGAAGAAUGAUUUAGGUGUAUUACAACUUAAUUUAGAUAUGAAUCUUAAUCAAUUAUUUGAUUGGAAUGUUAAAGUAUUAUUUUUAUAUUUAAUCGCAGAAUAUGUGACACCAACAAAUAGUCUCAAUCAAGUUGUUCUAUGGGAUAAAAUAAUUCGACGUGGUGAAAAUGCACGUAUUUAUUUACAUGAUAUUGCAACGAAAUAUUAUUUUUGGGAUGAUGGAGAGAAUUUAAGAUCGAAUAAUGUAACAUUAUCACUUGCAUGGAAUAUAAUACCAAAUGCUGGUCGUUUACUUCAUGUUCCAGCAAAUGGAUCAACAUCUUUCAUUUUUUCUGAUCAAUAUACAACAAGUCGAGCAGCUAGUCCAAAAUCAAGUAGUUAA